AUGGCCAGCAAGGAAGGUGGGCAGGCAUUCGCCCCGGUCCUGGCGGCCGUGGCAACCAUGCAAGGGAACGUACCUAGGUCGGAGAAGACCCAGGCCCAUGAAUUCCUGGAGAAGUUCCAAAAAUCUAUCGAGGCUUGGACCACCACCCAUGCGCUAUUACAGUCGCCUGAUGUGCCCAUCGAGGCUAAAUUAUUCGCCGCAACUACAUUGAAGGGAAAGAUCGUGUUCGAUCUGGACCAACUUCCUCCCGACUCCGUGAUCGCGCUUCGAGACUCCGUCCUCAAUUUACUCGUGGCGUUCGCUUCGGGUCCGCGCCCCAUUCAGACUCAACUAUGUGUGUGCUUGGCAAGUUUGGCGAUUCAGAUGAUCGCAUGGAAGGAUGUGUUGGCCACGGUCGCUUCGGCAUUGGGCAGCAAUGCGGGGGACUGCGUGCUAGAGUUCUUGAAGAUCUUGCCGGAAGAGGUCACUGAGGGUCGCAAGAUCAACCUCAGCGAGGACGAGCUUCUCGAUCGAACAAAAGAGCUACUGGAGGACAAUGCGGACCAGGUCAUGCAGCUGAUGAUUCAGUAUGCUCAAUCUUCGCCUUCUGCUGCCACCAACCCGCGUCUUCUCGAUUGCAUCACUUCGUGGCUUCGUGAAAUCCCCGCCGCCAAAGUCGUCGAGUCGCCUUUGAUGGAUAUUAUCAUUAAGGCAUUGGACAACGACGUCUCAUUCGAAGCCGGCGUGGACUGCCUUUGCACUCUUUAUCGCGACACCAAGGAUGUCGAUGAGUCGCUUCCAAUCAUCCAAGCUUUAUACCCCCGAUUGAUGGCUCUCCGACCCAAGAUUGCGGAAACUGCCGAAGCCGAAGACCUGGAGGCAUUCAAAGGCAUUACAAGAAUGUUCUCAGAGGCCGGUGAGGCCUGGGCUGUUCUGAUCGCUCGCCUGCCUGCCGAAUUCCGGGGUCUGGUGGAGGCUGUCCUCGAGUGUUCUGCGCGCGAUUGGGAACGUGAAGCUGUAUCACUCACUUUUAUCUUCUGGUAUGAGCUCAAGCAGCAGAUCACCAUCGAGAAGUUCGUGGAUGCUCGUAUGAGUUUCCAGGAUAUCUUUUCGCAGCUGGUAGACAUCAUGGUGAAGCACCUUGAAUUCCCCACCCCGAAGAAGGGGAGACCGAUCUGUUUGGCGGUGAUCGCGAGCAGGAAGAGAAAUUCCGCCAGUUCCGUCAUUCCAUGGGAGACGUUCUCAAGGACUGUUGUGCAGUGGUCACACUGGGUGGCAAAGUAUGCCUCGCAGGCUAGCAAUGAACAUGUCCCUCAUUGGCAGGAACUGGAAGCUCCUCUCUUUGGACUUCGUGCUAUGGGUCGUAUGGUUGACCCUGAGGAGAACACCAUUAUGAACCAGUUGGUUCCGCUGAUUGUCCAGAUCCCUGAUCAGGAGAAGGUGCGGUUCCAGGCCAUCAUGGCCCUGGCUCGAUACACCGAGUGGACGGCCCAACAUCCCGAAACCCUUGAGGCUCAGUUGAACUAUGUCAUUUCGGCCUUCCACCACUCCUCCCAAGAAGUGGUGCAGGCGGCUGCGCUUGCCUUUAAGUUCUUAGGCACUGACUGCCAGAAGCUGCUAGGUGGCCACAUCUCUCAGCUGCAUUCUUUCUUUGAGUCCGUCCUGGACAAGCUUAAGCCCACCAGCCAGGAGGAGGUGACCGAGGGCGUGGCCGCUGUGGUCUCUGUGCAGCCGCUUGAAAAGAUCUACGAGUCUUUCAAGAUGUUCUGUGACCCGAUCAUGACACGAAUUAUGAACCUUGCCAACAAUGCCCAAGAUGAAGAAGGCCAGCGGGCCGUCGCUGAUCACCUGCAGCUGAUCACUAUAUUUGUGCAAAUUGUCACUCCUAUCGUUCCUUUCGGUGUGGAGAACCCGGCCGUGAAAUAUGUUGGCGAGAUUCUGCCCAUCAUGACCACGAUUGUUAUGAACUUUACGUCUUCCACGCCUAUUCUGGAGCGAGUGUGCCGCUGCUGGCGCUACAUGAUCAUUUCGUACCGGACAGCCAUGAUUCCCCUACUACCCACGCUAGCUCAGAGCAUUGCCAGUGGAUUUGAGGCUUCCCGCGAGGGUUGCUUCCUCUGGGCCACUGACGCGGUGGUUCGUGAGUUCUCUGACGGUGCCGAGUACGUCGAUCAAGCUACCAGUGACGCCGUGUUCCAGUUCUACGAACAGCAAGCCCUUGCGUUCCUCCGUAUUCUGAAUGACCUGCCUCCGGAGAAUCUGCCCGAUGUCAUUGAGGAUUUCUUCCGCCUGUCAUCGGACGCUAUUCGCUACUACCCUAAGAAGUGCAUUAGCUCGUCCCUAGCCGUCCCUAUUUUCUCUGCUGCUCUUAGCGCUCUUACCCUCCAGCAGGUCGAUCCUCUUAUCGCCACGCUUCACUAUUUCAGGGACCUGUUCGGCUUUGCAUUUGACAAGCCCCUGGUUUCCGAGUUCACCAGCCCGGAGGGCAAGCCGUACUCAAACCCACCAGAGGUGCGAGAGGCCGUCAAGAGUCUCAUUGCGUCGCAGGGCCAGCCUCUGGCUCAGCGCGUAUUGACCGGCAUGAUGUUCACCUUCCCUGGCGACUGUUUCCCCGAUGCCUCGGGCGUUGUGAUGACCAUGUUCGAACUCCUUCCUCAAGAGACUGGAGCCUGGCUGCAGACCACCUUGCAGAUGCUCCCAGGCGGGACCAUGAAGCCGGGCGAGGCCGAGCGGCUACUCAAGAACAUUUCCGACAGGGUGCAAUCUGGCGAGACACGCAAGAUUCGGGUCCUUCUUCAAGAUUUCACCAACUCGUAUCGGCGUCGCAACGUCGCCCUCGGGACGGAUUGGGCCGCCUGGAGGCAACUCGGUUCCGCUUCAGCGGAUGAACUAAGAAUCCUUCUC